AGGCGCGUGUUUCAAUUCUCCUCGAAUUUGAUUCUUCUGUUAUCUGCGUUGCGCGUGGCUUGCACCUCAACGCUGUGGACGAAUAGAGACGCCUUGAUUACUGCGGCAACUUCCUGAACUUCAGAGCUUCAACACCCGACGACAACCCAUUGCCACCAACCCACCCCGAAGCCCGCACUCCACUCCCUUCGACCUUGCGCACACAAUGGCCAGCGCGACGAGGCCAUUGAUGAUGCUGGCCCACGGCCAACGCGGCGUAGCAUUGCUCAGGGCCUCCCGAAUCCCUUCACCCGCGACCGCCGCUUUCUUCUCCACCACAGCAUUCCGGGCCGCCACUCCAGUAGGACCCCCGCCAGCAGGCUUCAGGCUGGCCCCACCGAAGAGAGAGCAGGACUCUGGCGAGAGCGCGCUCGAUAAGGCUGGAAAGUACUUCUUGCUGAUGGAGAUGAUGCGAGGGAUGUGGGUGUCCUUGGAGCAGUACUUCCGUCCACCGUACACGAUAUACUAUCCAUUCGAGAAAGGCCCAAUCUCGCCACGAUUCCGCGGGGAACACGCCCUCCGACGAUAUCCUACAGGGGAGGAGCGCUGCAUUGCAUGCAAGUUGUGUGAAGCUAUCUGCCCGGCCCAGGCCAUCACAAUUGAGGCUGAGGAGCGUGAGGAUGGUAGCAGGAGGACGACGAGAUACGAUAUCGAUAUGACCAAGUGCAUAUACUGCGGCCUGUGUCAGGAGAGCUGCCCCGUUGAUGCAAUUGUUGAAGGUCCCAACGCGGAAUAUGCAACUGAGACUCGGGAAGAGUUGCUCUAUAACAAAGAGAAACUGUUGAUGAACGGAGACAAGUGGGAGCCAGAGAUAGCGGCAGCUGCUCGCGCAGACGCACCCUACCGGUAAUGGGGUUUCGAGAUUGUCGAAAUGUAAAUAUUUCAGAGCUGGAGC